ACCUUAAACUAUCCGAAGAGAAAUCAGCAUCAUUUUCCACUCUUAAGUUGCUCCGAGACACGAUAUCAGAAAUCCGGAGCCCCGGCUAGAACCGAACAACGAUAAAGUCCGACACAGAGAGGGAGAGAGAGAGAGAGACGCAGAAUUCUCGUCGAUCAGCUUCCCAGGGAGAGAGCGAGAGAGGAAUAUGCAACAGAGGCUGAAGCUUCAGCAACAACAACAACAGCAAGCCCUGAUGCAACAAGCCCUUCUUCAGCAGCCCCACAUGUACCACCCCGGUGUCCUCGCGGCUGCCAUGUCUCAGAUGGAGCCUAUCCCAAGUGGGAAUCUGCCUCCUGGCUUUGACUCAGCUUCAUGCCGCAGUGUCUAUGUAGGAAAUAUUCAUGUAAAUGUCACUGAGAAGCUUCUUGCUGAAGUUUUUCAGACUGCUGGUCCUCUUGCAGGAUGCAAGCUCAUCAGGAAAGAUAAGUCAUCAUAUGGUUUUGUGGACUUCCAUGACCGGACAUCUGCAGCCCUUGCAAUAAUGAAUUUGCAUGGGCGCCAACUUUAUGGUCAGGCACUUAAGGUGAAUUGGGCAUAUACCAGUAACCAGCGGGAGGAUACUUCAGGACACUUCAAUGUAUUUGUUGGUGAUUUGAGUCCAGAGGUUACUGAUGCAACUUUAUUUGCAUGCUUCUCCGUCUAUCCUAGUUGUUCUGAUGCAAGGGUCAUGUGGGAUCACAAAACUGGCCGCUCAAAAGGAUAUGGAUUUGUUUCUUUCCGUAAUCAGCUGGAGGCACAAAGUGCUAUAAAUGAAUUGACUGGUAAAUGGCUUGGAAAUAGGCAAAUAAGAUGCAACUGGGCAACCAAAGGUGCUGGUGCUAAUGAAGAUAAGCAGAUCAAUGACAACCAAAAUGCAGUUGUACUUACUAAUGGAUCUUCAGAUGGAGGUCAGGAGAAUACCAUUGAGGGGGAGGCUCCUGAAAACAAUCCAGCAUAUACUACUGUCUAUGUUGGAAACCUCUCUCAUGAGGUAACUCAACCUGAACUCCACUGUCAGUUUCAUGCUCUUGGGGCUGGGGUUAUAGAGGAAGUGCGUGUCCAGAGAGAUAAAGGAUUUGGAUUUAUUAGAUACAACACGCAUGAAGAAGCAGCCUCGGCCAUUCAGAUGGCUAAUGGUAGGAUAAUUCGUGGCAAACCCAUGAAGUGCUCAUGGGGCAGCAAGCCAACUCCUGCCGGGACCAUUUCAAAUCCGUUACCGCCUCCAACCCAACCAUAUCAAAUCCUUCCAAAUGCAAGCAUAAACCAAGGCUAUUCUUCAGCUGAGUUGUUGGCUUAUCAGCGCCAACUUGCCUUAAGUCAGGCUGCUGCAUCUGGCCUCUCAGGUCAAGCUCUUAUGCAGAUGACUGGACAGCAUGGCAUGGUUGCUGCUUCCAUGGGAUCCAGCUCUGGGGGAUCCCAGGCCAUGUAUGAUGGAUAUCCAAACAAUUCAUCCGCCCAACAGCUCAUGUAUUAUCGUUGAUGGGUGUCUCAGUUCUUUUGGGUAGCACUAAUACCACAUCAUUUUCCUCUUGGUCAUUGUCAGUAAUGUAUCUUUUCUUAACUUUGGGCUUUCUGCUUGAGAUAUGUGAGUCAUUCUUCAAUCACUUGAAAUUUCUUCUCUCUUGAAUUAUGUAAGAUAUAGAUUAUACGUUUGGCUUUGUAACGGGAUCUUCUUUUGGAUUUUGUAUCCUUAUUCAUCUCAUUACAUAUGGAUGGAUGGUGCUUUUAA